GUACACCAUAGGACGCAUACUGAGACAGAUCAAGUGGAAAAUACUAGUAUUAUAUAUUCUGGAAUUCAAACUUUGAUUUUGCAAAAAGUGGAAAGGUCAACUGAAAGAGCGACAAGACUUCAUAUAACUUUUACAGAUCUGGAACUUAACUGGGAAACUUUCUAGUGGAUCUUGCCAAGUUAGUAUAUAUUGUAAAAAGAUCAGUUAUCACUAUGGCAGCAACAGCAGCAAACCCCGCCAAGCAGAUCCUGGGAGAAAUUAACAAGGGUCCCAAGCUUCAGCAUGUUGAGGUUUCUGAAAAGAAUGUCCUCCCCAGUAAAGAAGCUAUACAGCAAGAAAAGAGUGAGACAGAACACAGAGAGAGUUUGCAGAGAUUUGACAGAAACAGUUUAAAGAAAUCCAGCGUUUCAGAAAAAAAUCCCCUCCCUGAUGCUUCUGCUAUCCAACAAGAGAAAACAGAGGUUGAGCUUCGUCAGAAUGUAGAGAAUUUCAAAAAAGAAGGACUCAAGCAUGUCACGCCCUGUGAGAACAGCCCGGUUACUGAGGCCAGACUGGUGCACAAUGUCAAGCAGUUUGAUCCUUCACAGCUCAAACAUACUGAAACAACAGAGAAAAACCCUCUUCCGGACCAGGAUGCCAUUGAAGUUGAGAAAAAAGAACAGACUUUUAGAAAAUCUGUGACAGAAUUUGACAAGUCUGGUCUAAAACAUACAGAUACUGUUGAGAAACAGGCUGACCUUCCAGGUGUUAAAGAAAUUGCGGAAGAAAAACAGGGCACAGGUCUGAAGGAAGCUAUUAAGACAUUCUCACGAGAAAGUCUUAAACAGUCCAAAACAGAAGAAAAAGUUGUACUUCCUGAUGUUGAAGCCAUCAGUCUUGAGAAACAAGAGGCAGAAUUUAGAAAGUCCUUGACAGAUUUUGACAAAGCCAAGCUUGCAAAAACAGAAGUAAAUGAGAAGAACCCUCUUCCUGACCCUGCAGCAAUUGAAGCAGAGAAAAAAGAAUUGGAACAUCAAAACUGUAUCAAAAGUUUCAAGAAGGAUAGUAUGAAACGCACAGACACCACUGAAAAGAAUAGACUACCUUCUCAAGAUGAUAUCCAAGCAGAGAAGAAUGCAAAGUAAUAUAAGUUGCUAUUACUUCUGAUGAAAACCUUUAGCACUCUGAUACAAUCACAGUUGCUGUGGGAACAAUUUACCAUAGAAGAAACUUUGUGAUUGGUCGAGUGACAAUCUGAUGUCAGUUUCCAGGCAUGCUUUGGUUGAUCUGCUUGAAAACAGGAGAAAGAAACACUACAAAGAAGGACCACAACUUUGUGCCAAGAAACAUAAAAAAAAUGGAUGCAAAAAUAGGUUAAAAGUAGAAGUUGCUAGGAAGGAAAAUUUACAACACUUAAAAGAUUGCCUCUUAGAUAUUGAUAUGAUGUGCUUUUUUUUGUCCACAGCAUUAUAUAUUUGUGAAGAAUAUUGUUACAAAAAUGAGACUGGCUGAGUGUUAGAUUAUCUCCCUUUCCCAUGGUGAGAUAUGGAUUUGCGAGUAUUGAAGAAGAAAAAUCCUGGUGAAUAUAGCAUGGAUUUAACUUUGUUCUUUUGUUUAAAUUUCUGAGUGAAUAUUAGACCUGUCUUAUUUCACAAAGUCUUUCAGUCAAAAUGUAAAUAUGUCAUCCUGUUUUACGGUUUGUUAUUAUCAAUUUUGUACUAUGCAGUACAUGGAUGAAACAAUACAGAAUGAUAUUCUAUGUAUUUUCAAGUAAACAUCAACAUAAGAAUGUAAUCCAUGGUAACAGUCCUGUGUCCAUGGUAACAGUCCUGUGUCCAGUUUAGACAACCAGGAAUGCCUGGAGGCUGAUGUCGUGUAAAUAGGUGCAUACCAUGUAGUCCAAUAAAGCAAUAAUCAUAUGCAAUACUGUUUAACAAUUCUAUAGAUAAUCAUAUUUUAACACUGUUAGGACCUGUUCACAGUUGCUCAAGCGUUUCAAUGUUUUGUUCACAAACUUUUCCAGUUUGAUCUUUAUCAACAUAACAGUUUAGAAAACAACUUUGAGGGAUUGAUAGCAUUCCUGAUUGCCUUCUGUUGGUGAUCGUAAUUGUGCUUGUGUUUGGAGAGCUCCAAACUUUUUUCUUUGAUAUGGACUGGAUUGGCUGUCAUGAUGGUUGUGCAGCUCUUCGCUAUUUGUCUGUGCACUAGAAUAUAUGAUACAUUCAUUUCAAAGUGCAGCCUAGUGGAGAAAAACAUUACCAAGGUCAACAACCCAGUCCGUCUUGGAGAGUUCUUGUACUAGAAUUUUCAUUGAUAAUUAAAUGUAAUCAUUUCUUUGGUUAGAGAGUAUGCUAUGUUUGAGAUUACUAUUACCUGGGUUGGAGUGUAGAACUUUGGUUUAAGAGUAUCGGUCCUUUAGUUCAGGAGUAUUGAUUUAAAGCAGUGAAAACAAACAACUUUUAGGGAAUUAUCAUAAUUUUUGUUCGAUGGAGAAUAAAAUAACAUUUCUUCACAAAUUAUAUAUCAAACUAUCUGAUUGUGUUAAAAAGAGCAAAGAAUAUUGGUACUCUGGUUUAGGUUUAUUUUUGAAACUAAUGUACUACACUAAUACUUGAAAGGCAGAAAGAAAAGUGAUAUUGACAUUAUAAUAACUGGGCAUUUUAGUAGAAUAGAUAAAAAACAUCGCAGACGAUCGUUUACAUCGACAAAUGUUAUUAGUGCUAGUCAUCUGUUCCACGUUUUGUGAGAAGGCAUUUCAUUGAUAAAGAUUUCAGUUUAGAAAUUGUCCUUUUUCUCUUACAUUUGUUUUUUGUAAAUCGUGUAUAUAAUGAUUUUUUUUCACCAAAAGCUUUCCCAUUUUACGAAAGGUAUUGUAACUUGUCGAUUCGAAGUUUAUUGUGAUAUUUUCCUAUGUUAAAUGUUUCUUAAUGAAUAGUGAAUGAAAAACUGUGAAACACCAUUUACAGGAAGUUUCUACUUUAUAGAAAAAAGCGGUUUGUCCUCAGAAAAUCUUACUUAGUAUUGAUCCUAUCAAGGUUUCAGGUUUAUUUCAUCAAGCUUCUAUGUGAUGAUGGUUUAAGUUGUUGUGUCCAGAAACAUGAGUAAUAUAGUGUAUAUGGUCAUAACUUUCAUAUUUAAUCCUUCGCUGUUUCAGAGUUAAUACAUUUGGUCUUGUUUCGUGGGUGUUUUCUUGCUAAGUUCAUCAGCACAUGAUUACAUUUGCUUUUGUCUCAACUUUAAUUGGGCUAUAAUUGUAUUAUAAAUAUAUUUUGCUGAGUCAGGCCAGUGUUGUGUUGAGCUGUGCGCAAUUUUUGCCAAAAACAAAUUAAUUUUCAUUGUGUUUAUUUUGAAUAAAUUCCAUUUAAAUGGUUAAUUAAUUUCACCAUAUUGCAGAUCACAGAUUUGUUCUACAUAUCAAAAGUUUAAAUAUUUUAGAAUGAAUUGAAAAUUGACUUAUCUGUAAUUUAGUUUUUCCCAUCUGUCAAUAGGAAGUUGUAAAAGAUUUAAUGAAUCAUUCCAGUCAAGAAAGUCUUCACCGACACCUUGCUUGAUUCUUAAUUAUUAUUCAGUCAUUUCAUAUAGAGUUAUAUUUUGAGAAAACAGUCAUCAAACCUCAUUUUAAUGGACAGUCUUGUUGAAUUUUCUUUUUAAGUGCCUUGAAUAAAUGCUUUCUUCUAAGAGAUCAAAAUAUGAAAACUUUGAAAUCUCAUUCUGGUGAAGUCCUCCGAUUUCUGUUAAUAUUUUUAUGAAACAGUCCUUGUUAAGGGGUACUUUUUUGAAAAGUAAAUUGCUAUAUUUUUGAGUAUCAAUGUACUCUCUAAACCAAAAAAGGAUAUAUUUUUUUGAGAAAAUUUGCUCUAUUUUUGAGUAUCAAUGUACUCUCUAAACCAAAAAAGGAUAUAUUUUUUUGAGAAAAUUUGCUAUAUUUUUGAGUAUCAAUGUACUCUCUAAACCAAAAAAGGAUGUAUUUUUUUGAGUGUCCACAUAUUGUUACAUGGUACACAUGUGUUAUGACAUGGACCUGCUCUCUAGCCAGCCCAUAUGUACAGUAUAUAUUACAUCUGCAUGUAGUCUUUCUACUCUCAUAAGGCAUCAUUGCCAACAUUUUCAAUAAAAAAGUUCUGAAAGAA